AUGGGCUGCCCCGCUAAAAAGAUAUGCAAUGUGAUGGCAGGUUCAGCACUAUUACAAGACGAAAUACUCGUAGGUAAGAUUCUCAACGCGAUCGUAAAAUCUGUUGACAUCCCCGUCACUCUGAAAAUUAGAACCGGGUGGAGCACACAAGAAAAAAACGCUUUAUCCGUUGCUCGUAUCGCUGAAGAUGCUGGCAUCCAAGCACUCGCAAUACAUGGUCGCACUCGCGCUUGCGCUUAUAAGGGUGAAGCCGAAUACGACACCAUCGCAACCGUGAAAGCCGGCAUUAACAUACCCGUUAUUGCCAAUG